CGGUGUCUAUCAAGGUGUUUGUUUCGCGGCUAAAUUCCGACCUCGGAGACAAAAGACUUUUUCCGUUUUAGCUCGGCCAUCCUUUUUCGGGAAGUUCGUGCAUAGAAAGAGAGAGAGAAGGAGAACGCCAUUUCGAUCGUUCGCGUUCAUCCUCUCUCUCGUUUUCGCGAUGUCGCGUCGUUUUUACGACGAGCAAGGCUAGCCAACCGCGACUUCGGCGGAAGCCGCGACCGGCCGUCUUUCUCUCUCUCUCUCUCUCUCUCUCGCGCGCGCGCGCGUUCGACGGAGAGGGACGAUAUCGGGACUGUACCAGCUGUGUGACGCGGUCGGGGCGAGUGUAUGCGUGCUGUGUUCUCUCGUUUGUAUCUUCUUGUUUUGUGCGCGGCUCGCGAAUCGAGUUUUGCUUUCGCGCUCGCCGGUUUCUCGUUUCCCUCUUGUGUGCACCGAUGUUUUCUCUCCCGUGGCCCCGUUAACGCGAGGGAACAAAGGGAAACGAGACGAGCGAGACCAACAGCGGACAAAAGGGAGAAGAGAACUACGUACAUAGAGACGUCGUAUCGAUCGAGAGCCGAAGCUAACUUCACGUCACGAACUUCUUGAAAAUUAGUCUACCUCGCCGGACUUGUUGAUAGCAUGCAAGGGCGCAAAACUCAUUGUUCGCCAGUCAUAAGGCGAUGAGAAGCCUGAAUGGAGUCAGAGGAAGCCUCAGAGCCCCCUGGGGCUACCAUCGAUGUUCCAUUGACAGAGCAGCGCAGUCGGAUCAAUCUUGUCAUUGCACUUAAGCCGAUCUGAAGCCGAUCUCUUUAUUUACACACCGACAGAUAUACAGAUCAACAUUAAAUCGCAAUACCGAGGAGAAUAAUCUAGAUCCGAAAGACAGAUAUCUCUCCGAGAAGUACCGAGUUGAGGCGUUCCGAAACACACGGAUCGAUAUAGUGAAACCUAUGCCAAAGAUCUACUCUUAUGUCAAUUGAUUUACGCGAAGGAACCUCGAUAAAACCCCAUAAGUUAAAAGCGCUUCAAGGGAGAAGAAAACACGAGACGAAUUGAUCGAAUAAAACACAUAGAUAUCAAGAUUUCGAGAUGGCGGCACCGGUGAUCGAGAAGAAGCGUUUCUUCUGCCGUGAGUGGGCCUUUACGAAGCUGUCGCAUUGUCUGGAACAGCGGCCACAAUCGAAGACAUGCGGUGCUCUGAUCGUGGGCGGACCGGGAAGCGGAAAGACGGCGCUCUGCGCCGAAUUAGCGUGGCCAUCGAAUGGCGCUUCCGCGAGGCAUCAGCGCUCCUUGAACCGCCGACUGCUGGCACGACACUUUUGUCAAGCCAGAAGCGAGGCUUCCCUGUCGCCCGCUCAAUUCGUGCGAUCUUUAGUCGCCCAAUUGCUCCAGGCCAGCUGCUCGGACGGCAUUCAUCAUCGAUCGUCGUCUAUAUCAACAUCCUCACCGACAACAUCCGCGACGGCGACCGCAACCACGGUUACCACGACCAUGAUGCUCACAGCGACAACGACGGCGACUACAACGACUGCGACGCCUACUACGGCGAUUACAACAGCAACAACGACGACAACCGUCACAGCUGCCGCGCCGCUUCUCACCUCUAGAGAGGCCAUCGCGGAAGCCUACGCCGAGAAACUGCGAACUGAUCCAGAUAUACAGGCCGCGUUGCAACCGGAUGUUUUAGACCGAGAUCCGGACGAUGCCUUGAAAAAGGCCCUAUUGUUUCCGUUGUUAGAAGUAGAACCGCCGAAAAACUGUCUCUUUCUGCUGGUGGACUCGAUUGACGAAGGCCAGACAUUGAAUCCACCGCAGACCGGCACCAGGGACUCGCGAAGGGAGAACGAUAACGUCAGUCGCACGAUAGCUGAAUUACUGGCUAAUCACCACCAUCUGUUUCCACAGUGGCUCUUGUUAGUCUGCACAGCUCGACGACAGAGUAAAACUAUCUCGCGCAUGUUCACCGGCUUUCGCAAGAUCUCACUGGACGAUCUGAGAAAGUCCCAGGUUGUCAGAGAUGUUCAGCAGUAUAUACUCGCGCGGCUGGAUCAGGAGGAUGCGCUCAGGCAACACAUCUCGCGCGACACCGCCGAGAUGCUGAACCAGUUGCACAUAAAGAGCAACGGUUGUUUUCUGUACCUGGAGAAAGUGCUUGACGGCGUGGCGGAGAAUUUUAUUGUUCUGCGCGAGGUGCGCGAGAUUCCGGGUACGCUGAACGGCCUAUAUCUUUGGCUCUGCCAACGACUCUUCAGUAGGAAACAAUUUAGCAAGGUGCAGCCUCUUCUUAACGUCAUACUCGCCGCUAAAUUACCCAUCACCCAGGAAAUUCUAUACGAGAGCGUAAAGACGGCCUGUGUCGGCAUCACCGUCGAGGAUUUUAAUCGCCGGCUUCAUCUUCUGCGCCGAGUGAUAUCGGUCUCGCGUGCCGGCGCAUUGAUGCUCUUUCAUCACAGCUUCGCUGAGUGGUUACUCGAUGUCAAACAUUGUACGCAAAAGUAUCUCUGUUCGGCCACCGAGGGCCAUGCUAUGCUGGCGGCCUAUUACACUCUUCGCGGUUCCGAGCUCAAUCCUGACGAGAUCUGCGUGCUGGCUCAACACCUGCAACGCGCGAUUACGAGCGUUCCGACUAACACCACUCUAGACGUCCACACACUUCAAGUACUUUGGAUGAUCGGUAGUAACGCACCCGUCGAAGGCUGUUAUUUAGAUAGCUCCGAGUGUAUUCUCUGGCCCAGGCAGGACGUAAAGCUUCUCAAACUGUUGAUCGACGCUGGCGCUAAGCCCUCCGAAAAGACCGUCGAUGACGACGCUAGCAAAGAUGCCGUUUCUUCUAGUCAGGUUUCGCAAGAUGUAAGUCCCAUUGAUGAAUCUCCAAAUGAACCGUUAACGGAGCUUCUCGGUGAAAGUGGAGAUAUCAAUCAAGCAGAUUCUUAUGGGCGAACGGUGUUGCACACAUUAGCCGCUGAUGGCAAUGCAUCUCUGCUAGAGUUGGCGCUUGCAGCCUGUCCUCAGGCAAAAUUGGAAGCGGUCGACCGGAAUGGACAGACACCAUUAAAUUUAGCCGCGAGACACGGUUACGCGGAUGUGGUGCGUGUUCUUUUAGCUGCCGGCGCGAGGGCGGAUCACGCGGACUGUGAUGGCUGGACCGCCCUUAGGGCUGCUGCCUGGGGAGGGCAUACUCAGGUGGUCGAACAACUUUUGAAACACGGGGCUAUGGUGGAUUGCGCGGAUUGGGAUCAACGUACUGCGUUGCGAGCGGCCGCGUGGGGUGGCCACGAAGACAUCGUUAAAGCUCUUUUAAAACAUGGUGCGGAUGUUAACAGAACGGACGAUGAGGGCAGAACCGCUCUGAUCGCCGCGGCGUACAUGGGUCACAGCGAGAUUGUGGAACAUCUUUUGGAUUUUGGAGCUGAAAUCGAUCACGCCGACAGCGACGGUAGAACCGCACUCAGCGUCGCCGCACUUUGCGUUCCUGCCAAUCACGGAUAUGCGAAGGUUGUCACGAUACUUUUAGAGCGCGGUGCUACCGUGGAUCACGAGGAUAAGGAUGGUAUGACUCCAUUAUUAGUUGCCGCGUUUGAGGGUCAUCGAGACGUUUGCGAUUUGCUUUUGGAAUUUGAUGCGGAUAUGGAUCAUUGCGAUGUCACCGGGAGAACGCCUUUGUGGGCGGCUGCGAGUAUGGGACACGGAUCGGUCGUGAAGCUCUUAUUAUACUGGGGCUGCUGCGUUGAUACUAUAGACAACGAAGGCAGAACCGUUCUCAGCGUGGCCGCCGCGCAGGGCGGUACGGACGUCGUAAAGCAAUUACUCGCUAGAGGCCUAGACGAGCAGCACAGAGACAAUUCUGGCUGGACCCCUUUACACUACGCGGCGUUUGAGGGUCACAUCGAAGUUUGCGAGGCGUUAUUAGAAGCUGGCGCGAAGAUCGACGAAACAGACAAUGAUGGAAAAAGUGCUCUUAUGCUCGCGGCGCAGGAAGGGCACACAUCGUUGGUAGAAAGAUUGUUGGAACAUCACGGCGCACCUAUAGAUCAGCAUGCCCACGAUGGUAAAACUGCUUUAAGAUUAGCAGCCCUAGAGGGACAUUACGACACCGUGAAAAUAUUAUUAUCUCGCAAUGCUGAUGUUAACGCGAAGGAUGCUGACGGAAGGAGCACUCUAUAUAUACUUGCAUUAGAAAACAGAUUAGCUAUGGCGAGAUUUCUGUUGGAACAUGCGAGCGCCGAUGUAGAAAGUAGAGAUUCAGAAGGUAGGACAUCAUUGCAUGUAAGCGCUUGGCAAGGACAUGUGGAAAUGGUAGCUUUGUUACUAACGGAUGGUGGAGCUAGUGUGAAUGCUUGCGACAAUGAGAACAGAACGCCACUUCAUUCGGCCGCUUGGCAAGGACACGCAGCAAUCGUCAGGCUGCUCCUGGAACAUGCUGCCACUCCUGAUCACACUUGCAAUCAAGGUGCAACGGCUCUAGACAGGAAUACUUUAGCUGAUAAGAAAUUUGUAGGUAUUGCCGCCCAGGAGGGACACGAGCACUGCGUCCGGGCGCUUUUAAAUCACGGAGCUGAUCCGAAUCAUUCCGAUCACUGCGGACGAAACGCCAUUAAAGUAGCCGCUAAAAGUGGUCACGAUACAGUUGUCAGGCUAUUGGAAGAACAUUCUGCCAAUCAACGCAGUUUGAGACCCGGCAUCAAUGGAGGAGGUAGCAGUAGUGCUACUUCUGUAACAUCCAAUUCGACGGCUGAGACCAAACCUUCAUCGGCAAUCCUAAAUCCUCUGUCUACGCAAUACAGUCCAGCGGAAUCACCAGAUUCCACUAAGCGACGCAGUUGCGUUUCUCUAGGCAACAAUUCGAGCAACAGCAAAUCGAGCAGUAACUUAACUGGCAGCACUAAGAGCGAUCAGGGAAAAUUCAAUCAAAACUCGAUGGUUAACUGUCAGACGCCAUUAUCUUUUACGCAACAACUACAACAGUGUUCAAGAGGAGCAAAAAGUCGACCACUCAGUAAACUAUUGUCACCCUUGAAGAGCGAACCACAAAGUCCGAUAUACGCUUCACCACCACAUUCUCCGUUAAGCGAUAGUCUUAUUCCUUAUUCACCUACAAACACGAGUCCACCCAGUGCUCAAACGGCCGCUAACGUGAUACAGAAUCAGCUGGGUGUAUCGUUAAUGGCGGCAAAUCCAAACAUGCCAUACAAAACGCAGUCGGGAGGAUAUAAUCAUAUACCAAUGAUUUACGAGCCGAUCAAGAUCAAAACUGAAAUUAUCGACAGAAAUAACAUUAGUAAACCGUUUGAAUUAACGAAUGAAAUGUUAGGUUUGAGCAUUGGGAAAGAUAAGGAGAAUGGACACGAGGAAAAACGAAAUUCGGCAGAUACGCAUUUUACACGAGAUACUCAUAUGAGAAUAAUAUUGGGAAAUAGCGGCGCUGGUGUUGGUAGAAGCGUCAAGCACACCGAUCACACACCUGGAAGACUUUACAGAAAUCACAAUGGUCGUAUAAGGAAGACACACCGCUUCAUGAGCGAUAGGCUUUCCUUCCUUUUUCAACCCUCCCGAGUGAAAAAAGAUAGAAUAUGUAGUCAAGGAGGACAUACGACAAUUGCAGGUAAUUUAAAGCCAAAGCGUAAUGGCUUGGUAUCCAAUCCAGCCAUGAGAUUAGUAGCGGGAGUUAGAAAUGGAAUUGAGAAUGCCACAAAUAGAAAUAAGCCUAUCACAACACGUGUAAACGGAUUCCAGUGGAAGACAGAAGCGCGCAAGGAAACACCCUUGUAGGGACAGGCUGUACAUUACGGAUUGUCUCGGCGAAGAGCCGGAAGCCAACAUCGUGGAUGGCGAUCUGUCGCGAAUAAAAAGCGAAAGUCAAUAAACAAAUUUUUCUCGGUUUAUUUGAGCAAAAUCAAAUUACCUCGAAUAAGAAGGAAAAGAAAGGUGGAAUGAAUAUUCUGAUAUAGCGUGAAAUAUCGAAAUCGCGUAGCACACAAAACCAAAUAUUAAUUUGCAUAGGGAAAGUAUAUAGACAUAGAUAUGUAAACUCAUGAAACAUGACUUUGUAUAAACAUAACGUUAACGAAAUUAUUUACUGAUCUCACUAAUAUAAUAUAAUGCACAUACAUAUAUACAUACAUUCAUAUUAGGUGUAUGUAUGUUUGUAUGUCAAAAUACUUAUUAUACAGGAUAUAUUACAAAUGCUGCCCAAUCUCUUAACCGAGCUUAGAGAACAAAUUACUACUUCUGUUGUAAAUAUUUGGUUCGCAGUCGAAAAUUAAAAAAUUUAUUAAUUUGCUAAAGUUUGUUAUGGUAGAAAUUGAACAGCCUUUGAGAGAUAUAUACUGUAUAUAUUUAUAAAAUCAUUAUUAAAAUUUUGAGAAGAAAGAGAGAAAAAGAAAUCUUAGUAGCGAUGUUAAUGCCGGUAAUGCAGGUUAGAUGAUAAAGUUUAACGAUGAAAAAUUCUUCAGAAGACUGGAUGCAAACGGAAUGCAUAUGUGAUCUUUUAAUGGAUAACUUUAAACCGAAGAAAAUGUGUAUAGAUAUGUAUAAAUUAUAUUAAAAAAAUUAAAGAUAAAGUAUGAUAAUAUGGACUCAUUACAAAUACGUAAAGUUAUGGCCUGAAAAUGAGGAACGUGUGUAAAUACAAAUCCCUCGUAAUGUUUCGUGCAACAUAUUUAUUAUACUGUAAUAGGUGCGAAAUAAAUAAAAACUAGGAAAUAUUAAAC